AUGUCCUCCUUCUUUGGCCUCGGCAAGACGCGCACGUUCAAGCCGCGCAAGGACGUCCCGGAGGGCACCAAGCAGUACCAGCUGCGCAAGUAUGCUGAGGCGACGCUCGGCUCAGGCAACCUCCGCCUCGCGGUAACGCUCCCGGAGGGCGAAGACUUGAACGAGUGGCUCGCGGUGCAUGCGGUCGACUUCUUCAACCACCUGAACAUGCUCUACGGACCGUCACGGAGUUUUAUACGAGUACCUCUGGGAGGACGGGUGCGAUACAAGCGGCCAACCAAGCUGCCUGCGCCCGAAUACGUUGAUGCGCUCAUGAACUGGGCGCAGGGUCUCCUGGACAACGAUGAUGUUUUCCCGAACAGGAUCGGGGUGCCGUUCCCGAAGAACUUCCGCGAUACGAUCCGGACGAUGUUCCGACGGCUGUUCAGGGUGUAUGCGCACCUGUACAGCAACCACUUUGACCACAUAUGCGCGCUCGGCAUUGAAGCGCAUCUGAACACCAGCUACCGCCAUUUCUUCCUGUUCGUACACGAGUUUGACCUGGUGGACAAGAAGGAGCUUGCUCCGCUAGACGAGCUGAAUGACGCGAUCCUCGCUGAAGAGAAGACACGAUAG